AUGCCACCACUCCCUCGAGUCUCUUUGCUUUUUGGUGGGGGCACGAGUCAGGCGCCCCUGAGCCGUCCGGAUUCCCCAAAGACCCGUGAGGGAAACAACAGGGACAAGGACCGGGCUCUCACAACCCUGCCGUCUAUCAGGAUGAUGCACUUCACAUCGAAGGCGCCGCUGUCAACGGGUCAAGCACAAGUUGAUCGCAAGUGUCCAGAUGAUAUCAUCCACAUCACCAACCAGAUCCGGGACUGGUCGAUCUAUCUGGCCUGCGCUCCGAGUGCCCAGUCCCAAGUGCCCAUUGGCCGAAGAUUGACGAUGGUCGUGGUCGUAGUCGUAGACGAAGCUGCUCGAUGGCUUGCGUGCGGUGCCCGGUGCCCGGUGCCCGGCCAAGGUCAACAGCGAGGAAAGAAGGGACAACAACAACAACAACAACAACAACAACAACAACAACAACAACAACAACAACAACAACAACAACAACAACAACAACAACAACAGCAACAACAACAACAACAACCACAACCACAACCACCACCACCAUUCACGGGCCUCCCUCCUCCUUCCCCCUAG